CUGUUCAGUUCCGGGUGAAGGAAGGAUGACCUCAGACCGUCGGCCCAAGAUAAACAACACUGGUCCUGUGGCUAAGUUAGCGACUGUCGAAGAGCUUCACCGACUUAAAAUGGGCAUGAAAGCGGAGGACUUCGGGGGUUUAUGGCUUUGAUUACAUUAAACAAGCCUUUUGUCACAGUAUGUUUUCAUCUUGUUCUGAAGUAACUUAUCAACCUAAUUAGCUUUUGGACAAGUAAAAGCUCCAUCCCUAGAUUGUGAUACCUCUCUUCAGCCAUGUCGUCACGUGUGUUGCUGCGUCAGCAGCUGAUGCGAGAGCAAGCCCAGGAGCAGGAGAGACGUGAGGCCCAGCAGCAGGCCUCUGCCUCUCAGCUCCGGGCUUCUGAUUCCACUCCAGCCAUCUCCGUCACGCUGCACCCAAAUGCUGCCCGCCCCCCUCCAGCACAGGUGCCUGUGGAGGUGCUGAAAGUGCAGACCCACUUGGAAAACCCCACGAAGUACCACAUUCAGCAAGCACAGAGGCAACAGGUGAAGCAGUACCUUUCCACCACACUGGGCAACAUGGCAGUUACACAAACCAUGGGUGUGUCCCCUGUGCCACAGUCCAGUUCUGCUCCAGAAGUUGCUCCAACUGCCAGCAGUGCCCCUAACAGUCCUAUGGCUCUUCUCAACAUCGGAUCCAACAAGGAGGAAAUUGAUGAUGUGAUUGAUGACAUCAUAAGUCUUGAAUCCAGUUUUAAUGACGACAUCAUCACCUUGAUUGACUCCGGUCUUCAGCUGCCCAGCACGCUCCCAGGAAAUUUGUUGGAUGUAUACCAUAGCCCUGGAAUGGCCGCUCCUACUCUCACUGUCAGCAACUCCUGCCCUGCUGAAAUUAAAAGGGAAAUAACUGAUACAGAUGCCAAAGCAUUUAUGAAAGAAAGGCAGAAGAAAGACAACCACAACCUCAUUGAGAGGAGGCGAAGAUUCAAUAUUAAUGACCGUAUAAAGGAGCUGGGUACUCUGAUACCCAAAUCAAGUGACCCGGAGAUGCGCUGGAAUAAAGGCACCAUUUUAAAAGCUUCUGUGGACUACAUCAGAAAGUUACAGAAAGAGCAGCAGAGAUCCAAAGAUGUCGAGAUGCGACAGAAAAAGCUGGAGCAGGCAAACCACGGUCUAAUGUUGCGCAUCCAGGAGCUGGAAAUGCAGGCACGACUCCAUGGCAUCUCCACGCCAAACAGUGUCUCCUCUGGUCUGAGCUCUGAUCCCUCCCUGCUCCAGCAGCAGGUCCAGCAAAGCAGCCAGUCUCUGCCUCCAAGCUCAGGAGCCUCCAACCAUAACCUCCUUGGUAUCAGACUGGCAGGCCUCGGACAGCCACUGCCAGCCUCCUUCUUGUCCCCGCCCUCCUCGGACUCUCCUGCAGGACUCACCAUCAGCAGCCCCCUGGACCUGGGCAGCCUGAGCUUUGCUGAGCUUGACGACACCUCCGCCUCAGCACUUUACCCUGACGUGGGCUUGGGAGACAUUCUUAUGGACGACGGGUGUACCCUGUCUCCUGAGAGGGUGGGCGAUCCACUGUUUUCUCCUUUGUCACCAGGUGCCUCUAAAACUAGCAGUCGCAGGAGCAGCCUUGAAAUGGAUGAAGACUUGUGAUGAGCUCUGUGUGGCUAUCAGAGACUUUCUGUAGGGACAAGAAUGUCAAAAAGUGAGGUCUAUCUUUUAAUAACACAAAGCUAUGUAUAGGACCGUAGUAUUGAACUUAGAAAAGCAAACAUAGUUAACAAUAAGAUCGUAACUAACAAAUGUUUUGCCAUAUAGACCUAAUCAUCAUUGUCCCUGUAUGGAGAAGGUCCAGUAACUAUAUAUGGAUUUAGAGAUGCAAUCUUAUUAAAAUGGAAUAUUGUAAAAUAGGGGCAUGGCAUUAAGAAAUGCAUUCAUACAUAGUUUUUAAGAUUUAUUUCAGAGAUCUAAGAGGGAUAUAAAGUUUGCUUGAAUUUAUUGUGCAUUUAUUUGUAAGAAAGGAAGCUGCGAGGGUUUUUCUCACAAUAACAUUGGCAUACGACAAACUGAUCAAGAGAUGCCAACACACAGUAUAUAUAUUUUUUAUUUCUGUUUUCUAAACUGACUGGAAUCAGGGUUUAUUAGGAGCAUUCACAUGCUUAACCAUGUUGGGGAUUGUUUCACCAGCACCUACAGAAGGGAUCUUUGUAUAGUGAAUCGGCACAUUGUGAAAUAUUUUCUGCAUAUUGUAUAUAAGAAUGUUUUAUUUUGAGCAAUUUUAUUGCACCUUAUUUUAUGGCAGUCUAUGCAUUUUAUGAGAGCUUUUGUCUGUUUUUAUUACUAUUACACACAGUGGAUGCCCAGGUUGCAUGUAUUUGUAAUAACCCUUAAAAGCAGUGGGAAAUCACUUGCUGCUGCAGCUAGUUAGCCAAAGCAGGUCUUCUUCCAGAGUAGCUACAAUUACAAAUCAGCAUAUACUUUUUUUAAUAUAUUCACUCAUAUGAUGAAAGUGCAAGACUGUUUGAGCGAUGCAGAACAAUUUUCUUUUUCAAUAGUACUGUAGUUCAUGACAUUUUUUACAUCUAAAUAAUAGUUAAGUAGUUUCUUGAGACUAAAAUCUGUGUUGUCAAAACUUGUUUGUCUCUGUCAUUCUUGGUGAUCACAGAGUAAUGUUACCUGUUAGCAUGUUCUACCAAGACUAUUGCUUUUUUAUUGAAAGUAAUAUAUCUUAUAAUAAACAUUAUUGCUCAUUUUAUGAAUUCACAGGGCUUUAGCCUUUUUUCAACCAACCACUAGCCUCACCUCUGUAGUGAUAAGGUGUAACUGUUGUGUGUGAAACCUCCAAUUGAAUUAGCCACAAACUCUAGAAUGGCAUUCAGUUGAUCAAAUGCUAAAUCCAACAUAAUGUACAGUAAAUGAAUGUGUUGUUUUCAUUUCACACUGACGCACUGUUUUUUUUUUCUUCUGUACAACCUCAGAGUAAUUAAACUUUUAACUAUUUUUUAAGCUGUGACGAACCUCAAUGUAAAAUGAGUUGAGGCAUCCAGAACCCUGUUUUUUUUUAAUAGAAUGAUUUAAAGGUGUCCUAUCUGUUAACUCAGAACUUCCCUACAUUGUUGUAAACUAAGAGCAGCUUUACUCCACAGCUUCGUGCUGCUAACUGCAUUGCUCUUACGUUCAUCUUUUUCCAUGUAAACACAAUAUUAAAGAUGUCUUAUCCUGACAGGUUUUGAGUGCUAGCUUUGACUGUUAACCAUAAACAGGUAGCAUUUGUGUCUUGUCCCUCCAAGUUGGCUUUAGGACAAUUUUAACAAAUAAAUGAUUUCCAGUGA